AUGGAGACCAUCUACGAUGAGAUAGAGAUAGAGGAUUUCACGUACGAUGCUACUACGGGACUCUUCCAGUAUCCAUGUCCCUGUGGAGAUCGUUUUGCCAUCACUAUGGAUGAUUUGAAGGAUGGCGAAGAUAUUGCAGUGUGUCCCAGUUGUUCGCUAAUGGUUCGAGUUAUUUUCGAGCCAGAAGACCUUGAGGAGUAUGAA